GAGCUUGGAAAAAAGGUCUGAACCUUUCUCCACCUGCUUCUAGCCAUGGAGCAGUCGCCCCUCAUUGGCGAGAGCUUGUACGCUCCCAGCUGGCCAGUGGUGCAGCCACCCGAACCCUCCUUCUACUCCUUGGGAUGUUGCCAGACCUGCUUGCGCAUCCCUGCAGCCUUCGGCUGUGGAGGGUGUCGCAUUUGUUGCUAUUCCAUCUUGGCAGUGCUGCUCUUCGCAUUGUUGUUGGGUUUCUAUCCCAUUGUCGUGGCCUUAGUGCUGGUGCUCCUGCUCUUGCUGGGGCUGCCCAUCAGCUAUGCCAUGAUCUACCUCCUCUUCCUGAACCCACCACCCGAAUUGGCUUGGAAGAUUGCGAAACUCACUCAGCUGCUCCGGCUCGCCUUCUACCAGUUCCCCAAACCCGCGGAGUGGAGAGUGGAUCAAUUGGCGCCCAAGGGACCCUUAGAGACCGGGCUCUUGCAAUAUGCCAUUGCGAUCCGAGUGCCCUUCCUGCAGCAGGAUGAGCUCUAUGCUGGUGGACUCUUUGAACGAUUCCUGCGUAGCAGCCCAUCGACGGAGUUUGUGACCUCCAGCGUCUUCAGCACGCUGCCUCAGAUGGAGCUUAAGGACAUGUCCCUCUUCAAGGAGGGAGAGAAUCCGGUGGAAUAUGUCAUGGGUGUGGUGCAAGACAUCUAUCCGCGCAUCAACCAAGAGUGGACAGACAAGACCUCAGACCGUGCUUUGACUCAUUUGUGCCUACAUGGCCUCGGUGCUCAUCGUUUAGAACGAGCCGACAGCACACACCCAGGCUGCAGCUAUGUGGUGCGAACCAAUCAGCUCUCCACACUGCCGGUGCGCGAGGGAUAUGAGACAUAUGGUAAUGAUGUCUACUUCGACAAGGAUUUUCGUGUGGUGAAGAUUGUGCGGUUUGAGAACGGAGAAGUUUGGGAGGACCAGAAGAUCACGACCUUCCUUCCGGAUGGAUCCAGGGACUGGGAGUAUGCGAAGUUUUGCUUUCGAUGCUCCCUCUUCACCUUAGUGACGCUCGUCGACCAUUUGUACGGAACCCAUUUGCAGCUGGCGAAUGUGGGGGUGCAAGCCAUGAGGGAGCAGUUGUCCGUGGACCAUCCGGUCCGGCGUUUUUUGGUGCCUUUCUCCUAUGGCAGUAUCAACAUUAAUGACUUGGCUCGAACAACGUUGGUGACCCGAGACUCCUGGUUGCCUCGCGCAGUGGCGCUGGACGAUGAAGGGUUGCAGUUGGCCUGGGCUUCGGCUUUCCAGAUCUUGCCGCCGGACUACAUCACCAACGAGAGUGACCCCAUCAAGAUGCUGGAGUCGCUUUUUGAUCGAGAAGCACAAAUCGAAAAGAAGCGCAGUGAAGGCCUUUUCACGGCCUACUACAAACAAGCUCUACAGUACUGGAAGAUCUUGCAUGGAUUCGUGUCUUCUUACCUGGACCACUACUACGGCACGGGUGCGAAGGGGGACUUGGCCAUGGCAGCAGAUCAAGAGUUGAAGCUCUUCAUUCUACAGGCCAUCAACUUGGUCCAAACCCUUGCAAGCCCCCUGACUGGUCACCGCGUGAAUGAGCUGUGGCCUCAUCUGAGUGACGCGCGAAAGCGCAGGAUCAUGACGAACUUCAUCACUCGCUUUUGUGAGCUAUCUACUGCAGGCCAUGAACAGGUGGGUGAUGUGCAAGCCUAUGCCCAAGAUCCCUCGUUUUGCUCCUUUUCUUGGCCCAAAAGCCUACGAAGGGAAGGGGCUCUUGUGGCCCCCAAAGAGGUGGGUUUGGGAGUCGCCUUGAUCAUGGCCUUGACCAGUACUCCCAUGCCAAGGCUCCUGGUAAGGGAACCCACGGAUGAUUGGUCGCAUCUUUUUCCGGGGGCAUCUGAAGCGGAUCGAUCCAAGCUCAACUCGAUCUUCGAACGCUUCCAAUCAGAGCUCCAGACCUUCUCCAAGGAGUGUGAUGACUACAAUGCUGAAGCGAAGAACCGCGCCUUUCCAAAUGACUUUGGACUUUGGGUCUUCAAUCCCAAGUACCUGGAGACGAGCGUGUCGAUUUGAAUCUUUUGAAUUAACCUUUUGACCUUCGGCAGCCUGCUGGACAGGGGGCGCAGUACUCGACCCCUUCUUUUGGGAACUCGGCAGAAGGACGAGUUUCUGCAUGGAAUCGCAAAAGAUGGCUGUGCUGCAGGGAGCUUUGAAGACACUUAUAGACAUGGUUCCAAUGGGAUGAUGUUCAGGUGAAUCCAUUCUGUACUGGGCACCCAAGCCAAUUGAUUGAUGUCGCCCCCCGUCUUCGGGACGGGCGUCGCUUGGAGAAGACGUCCUGUGUGGCGAUUCCGGUCAGCGGAAUUCGUGGAUUUGAGUGGAACGUUUGACCAUGGUGGAUUCUGCUUCUUGCUCCUAGUAGCGAUGCCAGGAGCCCCGUUCGUAGCUU